CCGCCCAGCUCUUUCUGCCUUGUCAUCUACCCCGCGGAGGCUCGACCCGUGAGUGGGGCCGCACGGAGCCACCGGGGGAGGGAGAAAAACUGAGAUCGUGUAAAACCCGACCCCCCACGGGCAGAGCUCCUAGGUCUGGGAGCCCCGCCCCUCCGCCAGACUCUAACCCUGGGACCCGGUGGAGGGGAGAUAAGGGGAGUCUGUGGUCGCACCUGCCAAAGGCUCCCUAGCAAAGGAGCCCGCGGAGCCAGGUGGGGAGGGGGGCCGAGACCCCCCCCCCUCCAGGCCUGGAACUUGGAGCUACCUGGUGCCCGGGAAGGAUCUGGCCUGUGACCCCUGAAGGACUGGCCGCAGCAUAACUUAGGUUGGAGCAAGUCAGAUUGCAGUCCUGUCCCUUGGUCUCUCCGAUCCUGUCUUCUCAUCUGUAAAAUGGGGACAAUAAAUCCUGCCCCAGAGAGUUGUUGAAAAUCUCUGUGCUGUGGGGGUGAUGAGAUGGGAGUGAGAGACACUCAGAGAGACUGUCAAAGGAGAUGAGGACCCCCACAAUGGGCAACUCGCAGGAGAGACCUUCAGAGACGAUCGACCGCGAACGGAAACGCCUGGUAGAGACGCUGCAGGCAGACUCUGGGCUGCUGCUCGACGCGCUGCUGGCGCGGGGCGUGCUCACCGGGCCCGAGUACGAGGCGUUGGACGCGCUGCCUGACGCCGAACGCAGGGUGCGCCGCCUGCUGCUGAUGGUGCAGAGCAAGGGCGAGGCCGCCUGCCAGGAGCUGCUGCGCUGCGCCCAGCGCACCGUGCGCGCGCCCGACCCCGCCUGGGACUGGCAGCACGUGGGCCCUGGCUACCGGGAUCGCAGCUACGACCCUCCUUGCCCAGGCCACUGGACACCGGAGGCAGCCGGCUCAGGGACCCCGUGCCCUGGCCUGCCCAGACCUUCCCACGGUGAGGAGGCCGGGGGUUCUGAGAGCUCCGGGGCAGUGCAAUCCGGAACCAUCGAGGGGCCCCCAACAGAGUUAGAAGCUGAGGCCUCUGAAGGGGCUGAACCCGAGUUGGAUUCGCAAACGGAUCCGGAACCAGAGGGAGAACCAGAACCUGAACUGGAACCAGAACCCGAGCCGGAGCCAGAGCCAGAGCCAGAGCCAGAGCCAGAGCCAGAGCCCGAGCCAGAGCCCGACCCAGAGCCUGAGCAGGAGCCAGACUAUGAGGCAGAGGAUGCAUCUGAAGAUUCCUGAGGGCCAGAGCUCUGACGGGCCUCUCCCUGUCCAAGCCCAAUAGGACCUGCGACCCCGCCCAGGCUGGGUUGGAUUACCACCCAGGCUCCACCUGGCCCAGUGUUCGCGGGAGUGAAUAAACUGUGGAGGGUGGGUCUGGGCUCUCCGUGAUUCCGGCCCUUGGCCCGGGAAUAAAGGUAUGGAUGGACCUGU